AUGACGCUUUUGGCCUUCGUGCCCGCUGUGCACUUGGAUUCAACAUGGGGGACAUGGCCAAGUGCCGGCAAAGGCUCCCCUUUCGGUACCGGCACUGCAGCGACCGCCCAUCCGAUCCCAUCGAGGGGUUUCUUGCGAUCAGCUCCCGGCACACUGGGAAUCGCCGUUGGAGCAGCACUUUGCAGGCACUGCCGUUCACGCACAUCGCUGAGAGUUGCGAGACGUGAUCUUCUUGGCGCUGGCGCUGUAUGGGUAUGCGGUGCCGAGCGUGCAUUGGCUCGCUCAGAUACGGCUCCAGAGAUCGUAAAACGUCUUUGGGCCGGUGGCCUGAGCAGCGGAGAGGACUUGGAUGCCUGGGUGGCCGCAUUUGCCGCAGAUUGUGUUUAUGAAGACUUGUACUAUGCACAGCCCGCCGCCGGUCGGCAGGAGCUGAGAAGCUUGCUGCAAGAUAAGUUGCUGCCGAAGGGGGCUCGUAUGAUCCUUGACCACGUGUCCGAUGGAAGAUCCUCGUGUGGCUUCACGUGGCAUAUCCAGCAAGAGGGGGUCGGAACAGGCCAGCGAGGCCUUUGCUUUCUCCGCUUAAACUCACGCGGUGAGGUUGCUUAUGUGCGUGAGCUUGGCGAACCGCUUUUCAAAGCAGGCGUGCUGACAGAGCAGUUGCUGCAGGCGCUCACCAAAGACCAGCCCAAAAAACUUCGAGCGGCGAAGUCUGCCACGCAGAAGACUCCGACGACAGCUCCAGGCAUCGUGAAGUACUUGUACGGUGAUGUUCAAGAGAGCGGCGGCGAUGCUGUUCGAUUUUAUGCAGAUGAUGUCGUUUACGAGGACAUGAACUACGACACACCGUUUGUUGGGAAGACUGCUGUUGAGGGCUUCUUGAACCGAUUCCAAGACAUCGAGGGCGUCACCUUUGUGCUUGAAGAAGUAUCAGAUGGAGAGAAGGCCGUGGGCUUCACUUAUCACAUAGAUGUGGCUGGGCAGCCACGGGGCAUCCGCGGUGUAACCUUCUACGAAAUCGAUGACCAGGGCAAGGUGAAGUAUGUGAGGGAUGUUCCGGAAUCGGCCACCAAGCCACCUCCAGUGCAGCAGGCGUCGCUAUCCAUCUGCCUGAGAUUAUUAUGUUGCUUAGGAUGCUGUAUGUUGCUAUCUCCACGAUCCCAGAAUUGCAUGUGGCACCAUGUGACACUGCAAGACGCGUGCCAUGGCACAACAUGGAAGCCGGUUGAUGGCCCGCUGGACAAGCACUUGCACUGCCGAAUAAUCACUUGA